AACAACCACUUCACGGCACAUCUUCCACAUGGCCUCCACCAGGCUGUAACUGUGGUUUGUGUUUGAUAUUGUGUCUCUAAAUUACCAACAAGUAGGACUGAAACAACAUUAUAUACGCAGGUCGCGCUCUCACAAGGACUGAAAUGGGUAAAAGUAAAACCACGAAGUUUAAACGUCCGCAGUUCAACGCGGUCGGGCUGCCGGUGAACGCGGUGCAGGAGGCGGGGGAAGAGGCAGAGGAUCCCGUGGAGGACGACUGUCCAGCUGCGGAGCUCCUGGAGAAACUGCAGAGUCCCAGUGCAGAUGUGAGGGAGUUUGCGUGUGCCAGCAUCUCCCGGGUGGUGCAGCAGAGCCAGAGCAUCCCGGGCCUCCUGCAGCGGGACGCCGUGCGGCGCCUCGGCCCCAUGCUGCUGGACCGCAGCCUGGCUGUGAGGGAGACGGCCGCCGGGGCGCUCAGGAAUCUGAGUGCAUGCGGCGGUCAGGAGGUGUGUGAGGACAUGGUGAAGCACGACGUCAUGACUCCUCUGACAGCGCUGCUCCGAGAGAGCUGUGCAGGAUUUGAGAGCGCCGCUGUGCUGAAAGAGAAGAAGAAUGCAGCGGAGGACGUGGCCAACGAGGCUGUCAACCUUUUGUGGAAUCUGUGUGAGAGCAGCAGCCAGUCUCUGUCUGUCUUCAACAAAGCGGGUCUCCUGGACAUGGUGGUGCAGUGUCUGGAGACACACCAACACAACAUGGAGCUGGCCAUAUCGGCGGCCCACUGCCUGCACACGGUGACGGAGGAUAACCCCGAGCUGCUGCGGAGCACCAACAGCGCCGUGCUGAGAGUCGUGGAGAGCGUGCUGCUGACGCCUGAGACAGACAUGGCUCACACACUGCUCAGGACCCUGGCUGCAGGCACUCUGUGGAACCUGAAGAGCAGUCUACCGUCGACCCGUCAGGCUCAGGCUCUGAACGCCGUGGUCUCCACUCUCUCUCAGAGCUUGGAUCUGGACGCAGGAACGCUGAUCCCUGAGCUGAGAGGAGCAGAGGAGCUCCAUCAGAGGAACACCGACGCUGCAGCCGAGAGCGAGCAGCAGGCUGCCGGAGGAGAGGAGGAGGCGAUGAUCGAGGAGGAGGAGCCCAAACACACGAAGAACGGGAUAGCUGCAGACAACGACUUCUCCGACCUUUUACCUAGGCAGCAGGCGGAGCUGAGGGAGGCCACGGCGCUGCUGACGGCCCAGCAGACGUCUUUAGAGAUCAUCGUCAACAUGUGCUGCUCUGAUGACCCCUCAGACGAUGAGUGGGAGGAGGAGUCGAGCAGCGAUGAGAGCGACCUGGGUCCGGAGGGUCUGUGUGACGGAGUCUCCAAUCUCAUGUCUCCUCUGUGUUUAUCAGCGGAGAUUCACGACGCUUUGAUCAACCACAACAUCCCAGAAAAGGUCCUCAAAAAGACGGAGAUCCCUAGAAAGGAAGCUAUGGAUGUGUGCCGUCAGAACUCCUCCUGGAAAGGCAUGAUCAAAAAGAUGCAGCGUGUUCAGUCCCGCGCUCUGACCUGCCUCCACAGUCUCGUCUCCAGCAUGGACGCAGACUCUCUGGGCGGAGCAGCUGCUCUGCAGGCGGCCGCGCAGCACCUCUCCACGCUGGUGUUCGGAGCAGCAGAGAUCCCCAAAGAUGAGGAGUUCCUGGAGGCCGUCAUCAGCGCCAUGAGGUCUCUUCUACAGAUGAUCGCCUCUAAAAAUAUCACCCAGUGUAUGACCCCCCAGCAGCUGAUGAGCCUGAGUGAAGCCGCCACCCGCUGCGAUGUCGUCAGUGUGAGGGUGAACGCUGUCGCUAUUCUGGGCAUCACCGGCAGCACGUUAGCCAAAGAGAAGGGCACUGCUGAGACCCUUCAGAUGAUUGGAAGCGCUUUACUUCAAGUCUCCACGAAGGACACCGACCUGGUUGUGAACGGAGAAGCUCUGGACGCUUUGUUCGAUGUCUUCGCGGACGGAGACGAGGCGGAGACGGCUGCCAAAAACAUUGCGUUACUCCCCGCACUGAAGGCCCUGCAACCCAUCUUUAAAGCCAAGAUUCGUAAAGAGGGAAGAGGCAAGUACAGCCCGCAGCAGCUGUGUGUGCUGGACAACAUCAAAGUGAACCUGAGGAGAUUCAUCGGUUACCUGGAGAAAGUGGUGAAGAAGUAACGGGCGCUGGACCUCACGAUGGUGUGGACAGAGAUGCUAACGGUAGCAUCAAAAGAAUCAGACUGUGGUUGUGAAACCAUCAAAUAUUUAUUAUGUUGGUAGUAAGCCGCCUGUUUCAGUGUUAAUAUUCUCAAAAUAAUAAUGAUUGACUAUUUUACCUGUAUUUGUUGUGAAGAAAGACAGGAUUAUUUUAGUUAUUAGUUUUACUGCAAGUGGCAGUAAAGAAAGAUUUGUAUUUGUCCUCCCUUGAUUUAAAUGUGACAAUCAGGACCAAAAGAAAUUGGCUUGCAUUUGAAGAGAGAAAUAAAAAAUGACUGUCAUUUUAAUAUCGUACGAAGCUACCUAUCCUCACUGCCAAGGUGUUAACAUACAUUUUUACCAUUAGGAGGAACACAUUUUCUCACAAUCCAGGCCCCCUGUUUUCACGGAGAGCUGAAUUUGUGAAUGUAUUUUUGUGAAACGUUUCAGUCUGCAAGUCACCACAGAAACCCAUUUUCUGCUGAAAGCAUUUUUUCAGGAACAAAUAUCAAUUAUGAAUGAAAUCAAUUAUCAUCCAAACUUGCUGCUACAACUCAGAAUACGGUUCUAUAACUGCAGGUUUGAAAUAUGUAAAUAGAGGGUAGUAGUGCCAUAUUUUUGCACCUGAUCCAAAGUGUAUCAUGCUUUGAGUUUCUGACAAAGUUAACUUAUAAGCUCUCAUUAAUUAAUGCGUUCAAUGCUCAAAUUGAAUGGUGACUUUAAACCAUAAAUACAAUUUUCCUAAAGAUCAAAAUGAAGUGCGUGAUAGUUAUUUCUUACGUUGUAAGAGUCGAGCACAGCUUCUCUGGGUUCCCACAAGUUUUCAGGGACAUGUUGAUAAAAAUGCCUAUCAUUAAUAUAAAAACACAUUUCAAAGAACAUGUCGGGGGGGUUUAUGUCUUUGGGAUGGGAUUGAAUGCCUUUUUGAAAUAAAUCCUGAUUUCUUAAG